CCGUCGAUGUUCGUCGAAGACGAACGAGCCUCGACUUCUCGCCGCGAUGAUGAAACGAUUUCUCGAAAACUCGCUGCGAAACAUCCGCGGAUACAUGAAACGUUUCCCGAUCGUUGAGAGGAAGAGACGAUUCAAGAAUGAAUGUAAUACGACGCUUUUGUUCAACUCCAUGCAUACGCAUGGCGACCGCCGGUCUUGAGGUGCGCGAAGCUGGACGAGCGUUGCGAGUGCAAACGGAAGCGCCGCAUCUCGUUUCCAUGGGAAGCGGACGUUUGUCAACGGCGGUGACCCUGCAUCCUUUACCCGAAGGUAAACUAACUCUUGGAUCGAGUCGAGAUGCGGAUAUUUCUGUCGUUGGUACCGGCGUCGAGUCCAUUCAUUGCACGAUUGAAAACAAUAACGGCGUGGUCACUCUUCACCCCAUAAAUGGAAGCACGGCAGUCGAUGGUGUACCGAUAAAUUCACCAGUGAGACUCGCUCAAGGUUGCAUGCUGUCGAUCGGUAGAUCCAAUUUUAUGCGGUUUAACCACCCGGCCGAAGCGAAACAACUACGAUCGGUGCUACCACAAUCGAGAAUCUCCAUGGCGCCUAUAAGCUUCUCACUGCCGGAAAACCAACUCCAGGAGAACUAUCAUCUGGAAAGAAAGCCACCAGUCGCUCCACGAAAGUCGCCAAGAAAUUCCUGCUCGGACGAGGAAAUGGGUUUCCUCGGGAAACUGACGAAGUUCGAAAUGUUAUCGAAGCAAAACAGAAAUAACUGUGUCUCUCCCAAGGUUUUUCCAGCGGGUGCCAUCACCACGAACGUGCCCGCCGAUCAAAUCCUCGGUCACUCGAGAUCAUCCAGCCUAGUCUCCUUGAAGAAUGGCAACAACAAUUCACCGUUGCAGAACUUAACGAACCUGGACAGAAGUCGUUCGAACACACCAUCCUUCAAUUCAUCUUCACCAGCCCAUUUCCUCGGCACGUCAUCUCCAAGCAGCUGUUUCGCUUCCUCCUCGCCCAACUGCUGCAGCGACGAGAAUCGUCAGAGAUUGGACGUCAGAACGCCCAGUAGAUCCAGCACGCCUAACCAUCAGCACCGAAGCGUUUCACCGUCGAGUCACAAUCAGAUUCAGAUGUACUCGUCCGCGGAAUCUUAUCUAAAAACCUACAAGCCGUACUACAGAGACAACAACAACGAGAACAGCCAGAAUCCCCACGGUCAGACGAUAUCGAAGAACAACGUCAAUCAGGGAGGAGAUCUAAUGUCGCGAAGCUUCACCUGUCAAAGAUCGAACGAUCUCGACGACUUGACAACGACGAGGGACUACGACAUGAGUCAAAGUUUAAUCGUCACCAAGACCACCACGACCGAGUAUCUUCAGUUGGAAAAAUUCGGCUCGAAUCCUAACAUCUGCAACGGGAACGGGAACUUCUGCGGUGGAAACUUGAGGAACGUGGCCGGGGCUCAAGGUUUCGGCUCGAACCCGAACGUGAAGAGGAUACAGCCGCCUAGCCCGGCGUUCAAUCGCAAUCCGAAGUACAACGAGCCGAAGAGAGGCUUCGGACGAAUGAAGAGUCCAACACCUAGCAUCGGGAGCGGUUGUUCGCUGGAGGAGUUGCGAGAGAGACAGAUCGAGGCGGAGAACAAGCGGCGAGAGGCGGAGAAUAAGAGGAAACAGGCGCAGGAGGAGAGGCUACGGGAGCAGGAGAUCGAGAGGCAGGAGAAAAUGAGACUCGAGGAGAUCCUCGCUAUGUGCGCCGAGUAUGAGAGGCAGAGCACCAUCGAAAAGCCGAGGCAACCUAAUAGAAUCAAGACGAACGGCUCUCUGCCACGAGACAAGCGACUCGGCUACAAUUCACCUUUCGACAGCCCGAAGAGUCCAUCGAAAAAUCAACCGUACUUCUCCUUCGAUGCCUCGAGGCAAUCGAAUUCAGCCUCGUACGAGAACGUGUGCGUGCAAAAUUCGAAGAUCAUAUUCCAAAACGGCAACGCGCCGAACAACCAUCGGAACCAGACCACGAAUCAUGCGAACAAUCAGACAACGAACAUGCAGCACGAACAUUCGCAAUCGAUCACGCCGAACAACAACAACAACAACAACAAUAACCAGUCGACGAUGUGGCCAAACAUUCUUGGCAACGGGGACCACAGUUUUUCCGGUUCGAUCUCGCAAGUUCGUAACUCGAGUUACGACAACACGACGAUCGACGGAUCGAUGUUCAACAAUAACGGCGCGAAUUACUCGCCGAUGGUCGACAAAACGAGAGAAACUUACGGAACGAUUCAACUGAACGGGACGAGGAUCAACGGGCAAUCGAACAAGCAUUCGCGAAACUACGACAAUUCGAUGAACGGGAACGUGAGCCUGUACGAGAACGUGGUGGUUAAUUCUGUACAGAAUAACAAUCAAAAUAAUCAUUCCAUGCCAAAGAAGAACGGCCAGCUGUCGAACUCGUGCGAAAUGAUCGAGAACAAGCUGGCGAUAUCGAACGACGACCUUCUAGAGGCUAUUGAGCAGCUUACCAUGCUUUCGAAAUCCAAAGAGAUAUGCACCAUCCCGAAGAAGAAUAACUUGGAGAAGGACAACGCGAAAUCAAACGAGGCUAAAGCUGAUAAAGAAAGAAAGGAGCUCGAACAGGAGGACAGGAAGAAGUACAUAGAGUUUCUUCAGAACGAGAAGCUGCAUAUCCUUGGGAAUAUGGACGUGUUGAAGAGGAGCGUCGCGGAUAUUGAGAUCCAGGAAGAGGAGAUUAGCAGGGAGGUUCGUUUAAUUCGUCCUUCUUUUUUUUUUUUUUUUUUUUUUUUUAAUUUAAAAAAAAUUUUUAAGGAUUUU